UCCGGAUUCAAGAAUUUGGACAUAAAUCCGGAUAAUGUGCCACGGCAACCCCCUCUCUUCAAUCUUCCAACCUCACUCACUAAUCACUACUCUGUACUGUACUCAAUUUCUGCAACUCAACAAAAAAAAAAAUCUCAACUUUAAUUUCCCAGAAAAUAUAUAAAAGAUGGCAACUUUAUGUGCUUCCGCCAUUAAUAUAAAUCCAAAGCUCUCUAAUUCUCUCUCCAAUUCCAUUAAUUUAUCAUCAACACCCACUAAUCUAUCUUCCCUUCGUUCUACUUUCACUAAUCCUUCUUCUUUGGGACUAAUUGUUGCAAUUAAGAGUGUUCAAAUCACCAGAAACAAGCCUAAUGUUGUUUGUAUGUCAUGGGAUGGUCCUCUUUCUUCUGUUAAGCUUAUUCUUCAGGGCCGUAAUCUUGAGUUAUCUGAUAAUGUUCGAAGCUAUGUGGAAGAAAAGGUUGGUAAAGCUGUCACGAAGCAUAGCCAUUUGGUGAGGGAGGUGGAUGUGCGUUUGUCUGCUAGAGGUGGACAGCUUGGUAAAGGACCUAAACUAAGGAGAUGUGAGGUCACCUUGUUUACCAAGAGGCAUGGAGUAAUUCGAGCUGAGGAAGAUUUUGAAACUCUCUAUGGAAGUAUUGAUUUGGUCUCCUCGAUAAUUCAGAGGAAAUUGAGGAAGGUUAAGGACAAAGUAUCUGACCAUGGUCGACAUAUGAAAGGCUUCAAUCGCUCAAAGGUGAGAGAGCCUGAACCAAUAAGAAUUACUAGAGAAGAUAUCUUGGAGGAAGAAAUGGAAACAGCCCCUCCUGUUUCUGUUGAAGAUGAUGACUUUAUUGAAGAGGUGGUUCGUACAAAGUACUUUGACAUGCCACCCCUUACAGUAACAGAAGCUGUUGAACAGCUUGAAAAUGUUGAUCAUGACUUCUAUGCUUUCCGAAAUGAAGAAACUGGUGAAAUUAACAUUUUAUACAAAAGGAAAGAGGGAGGAUAUGGGCUUAUUGUUCCUAAGGACGGGAAAACAGAGAAAUUGGAUCCUUUGCAAGUUCAAACCGACAAACAACCCUCCUUCGCAGAAUAGGCUGAGGUUGCUAGUCUUGGGUACUAAUUACCUUAAAGAACUCAGUUUUUUUUGUUUUGACUGUAAAAACAAUCAGGGUUUGAAAAUCAGAUUGUGGACUCCAUGGAGAAGAUUUUGGAUAUUAGAGAAGCUCCAAUUGUGAUUAUCCUCCUCUUUUUGGAUGACCUGUUUGUCGCGGUGCUAUACUGCUAUGUAUGUAUGGAAACACUAUACAUGUUAGAUAAUCUUGUAAAUGCACGAGUUAGCUAUUUAUACUUUGUUCAGUGUCUAUUCUGUUGGCUACAACUCGGCAUCAAUAGCCCUAAUGGAGCCUGGUUUAGAAUGAGGUCGUUGACAUUACAUAACUA